AUGUCUACUACACCGUACGAACUCAAAUGGGGAAUCCUAGCAACAGGAGGAAUCGCUGAUAAAUUCGCUCGAGAUCUCCUCAUCGAUCCUUCCACUCGAGACGUCUCGGAUGUUAAACACAAAGUGGUUGCUGCUGCCUCCUCUACCUCUGCCAAACGCGCUGCUGAUUUCAUCUCUUCAAUCGGUGCUGAAGGGGCUCAAGGAUAUGGUUCUUACCAAGAACUCGUCAAGGACCCCGAGGUUCAGAUCAUCUAUGUUGCCACUCCGCAUUCGCAUCACUACGAAAACACGUUACUCGCCCUUAAUGCGGGGAAGCAUGUAUGUUGUGAAAAGCCAUUCACCAUAAACGCUGCUCAGACUAAACAUCUUAUCAAGGUUGCUAGGGAGAAGAAGCUAUUCUUGAUGGAAGCGGUAUGGAUUAGAUUCUUCCCGAUCACGCUUGAAAUUCAGCGUCUGAUCCAUCAAGAGCGUUGGCUUGGCCCUAUUCGCCGAGUAUUCUCCGACUUUGGGAUGCAGUUUAAACCAGACCCAAAACACCGCCUAUUCAACCCCGAGCUGGGCGGUGGUGCGCUGCUAGACCUUGGAAUCUAUGCUCUCACUUGGCAGAUGCUCACUCUGUUUGCUGAUCCAGACAACCACAAAACCGCACCCGAGGUGACGGGUUCGAUCGUAAAGUCAAAGUUAACUGGAGUAGACGCAUCCACUACGAUGGUAUUCAACUUCCCCACCAUCAGCGCACAGGGAAUCGCAACAACAAAUAUGACCAUUCGAUCAAGCGAAAAAUACGUAGUCCUCAUUCAAGGCGAGAAGGCCGAUAUGACUAUUCCUUGGGCUCCUUACCGCCCAGAAUCCUUCACAAUCCACCAAAAAGACUCCGAAGGAGUAUAUACAGGUAAAAAGGAGGACAACAAGUUUGAUAUUCCAGGUCAUGGAAUGUUUUGGGAAGCCGACGCUUGCGCCCGUGCUAUCCGUGACGCAAAGAUGGAAGAGGAAAAGUGUAGUUGGGCGGAAAGCACCUUGACGAUGGAGAUUAUGGACAAGGUUAGGUAUGGUGGUGGUGUGCGGUACCCUGAUCACAUCGAAGCUGUUCAUCCGGAUGCCUAA